GGCCGGGGUCUGAGGUGCCUGCGCUGUGAGGCCGUUUCUGGAGGGCUGCGGGGCCUGCUGCGCUUGAGCCGGGCCGGGCCGGGGGGAGGAGGAGGCCGAGGCCGGCAGUGCCGCCGCCGCCAUCAUGUCGCUGCACGGGAAGCGCAAGGAGAUCUACAAGUACGAGGCGCCGUGGACGGUGUACGCCAUGAACUGGAGCGUGCGGCCCGACAAGCGCUUCCGCCUGGCCCUGGGCAGCUUCGUCGAGGAGUACAACAACAAGGUCCAGCUUGUAGGUCUAGAUGAGGAAAGCUCAGAGUUCAUUUGCAGAAAUACAUUCGAUCACCCAUAUCCUACUACCAAGUUAAUGUGGAUCCCAGACACCAAGGGGGUUUAUCCAGAUCUGUUGGCAACCAGUGGGGACUAUCUGCGUGUAUGGAGGGUGGGUGAAACGGAGACGAGGCUAGAAUGUUUGCUGAACAACAACAAGAAUUCUGACUUCUGUGCACCGCUGACAUCCUUUGAUUGGAAUGAAGUGGAUCCUUAUCUGCUGGGCACCUCGAGCAUCGACACCACUUGCACCAUCUGGGGCCUGGAGACCGGCCAGGUCUUGGGCAGAGUGAAUUUGGUGUCCGGCCACGUCAAGACCCAGCUCAUCGCUCAUGACAAAGAGGUAUAUGACAUUGCGUUCAGCCGUGCAGGAGGUGGGAGAGACAUGUUUGCUUCUGUUGGUGCUGAUGGCUCAGUCCGGAUGUUUGACUUGCGGCAUCUAGAGCACAGCACGAUCAUCUAUGAGGACCCUCAGCAUCACCCAUUGCUCCGCCUUUGCUGGAAUAAACAAGACCCCAACUACCUUGCUACAAUGGCAAUGGAUGGCAUGGAGGUGGUGAUUCUAGAUGUCCGAGUCCCUUGUACUCCUGUUGCGCGGCUGAACAACCACAGAGCAUGUGUGAAUGGCAUUGCUUGGGCACCCCACUCGUCUUGCCAUAUCUGCACAGCAGCGGAUGAUCAUCAGGCUCUUAUCUGGGACAUCCAGCAAAUGCCUCGGGCCAUUGAGGACCCCAUAUUGGCCUACACAGCCGAAGGAGAGAUCAACAAUGUACAGUGGGCAUCAACCCAACCAGACUGGAUAGCCAUUUGUUACAAUAACUGCCUGGAAAUCUUGAGAGUGUAAAAACUGCUGGGCCACAAAAGGAAAUGAAGUGGGACUGCCUCAGCCCCUUCCCUUCUAGAGCGGAGCAGAACUUCACCCAGGUGGCUCCUUCCAGUGGCGCUCUCUCAUCAGGUGGAUGAUGGGUAUGUCAUGAGCACUCCCCCCCCCCCUUGGCCCUUGGGAGUUUUUAAUAUUUCUUUCUACUGAAGUCAUGUACAUAUGACCACUGUUAAGCAAGCAUUGUUACCACCUCAACAGAAAUAAUGUGUUAACUGGUGAGGAUUUCUAGUAACUCUUCUGGUGGUUGGGGCAUCUAGAUAACUUUCUUGAAGAAUUCAACUUUAAAAAAAACCUUCUCCAACUGUCCACCCAUCACUUUGUUGAGCAUUGUAAAUGUAGUCUUUCCAUUUAAAAGUUAUGAAUAAAGUUGUUCAACUAUAUGCAAAGACUUUUGGAUGUUGCAAGACCUAUUGUAGAAGGGCUUUGCAGAAUUAAGCUGUCCCCUUUUUUCUCCUAGUAACUUUUGCUCUCACCACCAGUUUUGUUCUCACCUCACUGGCAGUCCUGUGCUGCGAUGGUGUGUGCUUGAGGCUGGCUGUGCAAUAUCCCGUCUAUUCUCUGCUCUCCUCUCCCUCAGUACAAAGCAAUGUCUCAUAGUCUCUAGGGAGAGAAGUACAGUGUUGGUGUUGCUUCCAUUCCUUCUUCCUUGUUAAAUAAAAAUACUCUCACUAACAAUGGAACAAACUUUAACAAUCCCAAAACACCAGGCCUUUAAGUUUCUAGAAGAUACUUUCAUCCCAGGACUCUUGUGUUGUUGUGAGAAAUAUUCAGCAUAAUGCAAAAUUCCUUUCUUUAGUAUAGAAAACAUGCACUGCUAAUGUAGACUAGCACAGUGCGCUCUCAGAAACUUUGUAACAUGACCAGUUAAUAUAGUUCCCUGUAAAAGACAUAGGCUUCUCCCCUCCAGGCAUUUCAGAAUGAUGAUGCUUCAAAAGAUGCCAAGGCUUCAGCAAUAUCAGCUUUUGGCCAUUCUUCCCUAACACGCGUACAUUUCUUUUUUAUUUCUUUUCAUUCCUUUACCAGAAGCUUUCACCCAGCUGGCUUCCCUAAACAUCCAUUGGAAGAGAGGUUAAAAUGGUUGCAUGUGUGGCCCUCUGAAGCACUUAUAAAGGGAAAUGUGACAAGAACCCUGUCAACAGACACACAGUGAAAAACCUCGUUUUGUGGUGCCUAAGCAUAUUGUGGGGGGGGGGGGGAGAUGUGAUGUGUAUCAAAUAUCCUUGUUCAAGCCAUGCUAGCUUAUCUCCCCAUCUCCAACUAGUUAAGACAUAUUUAGUAUUUCUAGGUUGAUACAGAGCUACAGAAGGGACUAGAUGCUGUCUAAAUGUACUCAGCCCUUUGUUCAAAUAGAUUGGUUUGUGCUGCUUAGAGGCACAAGGAUGUACUCGGGGAAGGAGCUAAGAGCUACGCUGUGUGUGCAAAGAGAUCUUAAUACAAAUGGUAUACAUCACAUAAAUUAAUCUGUGCGGAAGCUUUUCUGUAAACCAAUACUAAUGUGUAUAUAAUGUUUGUUCUGUACUUCCCCUAUUGUGGUGACUUCCUAAUGGUGUGAACUUAGUAGCAUGUUUGUAUAAGACUGCAGGAUUCUGCACCUUUUUCAAAUAAGCAAUAGUGAUCUUAUGUUCCUUUUCUAAGUCUAGGUAGGUUACUGCAUAUAUUUCCUUAGUCAAUAGAAUUUGAUAAAAUUAUUGCUGCACUAGCUUUAAUAUUACCUUUAUGUGGCAGAGAGUGGUUAACUUGUUGCAGUAUUCCUUUUUAGUUGUAUGGAAAUACUAUAAUUGGUUCUGUCUGUUUUCAAGAUCUGGUUUCUAGAACUGUACUGAAAUUCUGUAUUAUGAAAAUUAAUGUUUUUAAAAGGCUUGAAGUUAAAUUCAAGAAUAUUUGUUAAGCGCCUGAAUAUUCUGCCUUAUUUUUAAUUAAGUGGAACAUUUUAAAAUUCUUCCUAUGGCUAAUUAUAAAAAGAAUGUGGCAAUAUUAAAUUUUUAAAAAUCAAUGACUUGGUAAAACUUCACUUUAUGCAAGAAAAUGUUAAAGUAUUCUUAGUAAGAUGAAAGAGAAUAUGUUGACACCCAUAUUUCCACUUGGGUUAGAGGAAGUGAAGAUUAGACUGACAGGUGAGAGAUGAAGAGCUGGAUACAACUGGGGACAGACAGGCAAUGACUCUAGUGACAUGCGUAGCCUUCGCAACACAGGCAUCAUUUACAUGUUACAGAAUUUACACGCUGACAUUAUCUGAUGUUCUGAUGAUGCUUGGAUUAUUUCUAUUUUUAUCUUUACCUCUUUCUGUAGUAGACUACAUUCCCUCCUUAAAUGGCAUGGAAGUUAAGGAAGGCAAUCUUACAAUAUCCAUGCUUUUUGGUACACAAGAGAAUUAAUAAACAUUUUAACUCUUCUCAAAGGUUCUUCAGUCCUAAAAUGACAUGUAAAAUUAGAACUUAUUAACAAAUAUGAUAGCUUCUGUUCUCUCAUGCUGUAUUAAUGCCCCCAUUUCAUGAUGUAUGGAAAAUCUGUUAACCAGCUGCAAACUUGCUGCCCCUGUUCUCAAACCUUUUAAUAAAACAACAUGUAACAAGAAA